ACGAGCCACAAACACCGUCUCCAGCAGCCCGCCACAGAGCCACUCCGAUGCAGCCCCCCCGUUCUCCUCGUCAGAGUCAGCGCCAGAACCAGCCGACGCGCAAGCAGCUCCCCUACGUCCGUCCUCGAAAGCUUGCACGCGAGGAGUCGGUUCUGUCUACGAUCAAGAACAUCUUCAAUGACCCCAUGGGCUGGUUCAGUAAUGGCGACAGUGUCGACAGUCGCGAUGAGCAGAACGAUGUCAGCGGAAAGCGUAGGCGUGUCGGGGAGCAGCCACCUCCGUCAGGCAUGAACAACGCGGACGACGACGACAACCACCGCAUGAAGCGCGUCAGGAGGGACAGUCCGCCACCCCAGCCUCAGCAAGGAUACAACGACCCACCAUCCACGCUCUUUCUUCGUCCUGCUUCUUCUCUUCCUUUUCCUCUUCAUCCCAUCUCAGACAACCCAAAGCGCCGUACCGUUUCUCCUCAGGCUUCCGUCUCCAAUAACCUUUACUCCUUGGGCGCCGCCCCCCGUGCUCAGACUCGCCCACCGAAUAACGUCUACAACCGUCUGGUGGCUCAGGACCCUCCUCGCCGUCCUCAGUACCCCUUCCACGAUCCUUCACACAUACCGUUGCCCGUCUCUCGUGAAGGCUCUGUAGACCACUCCUCUCCCGGACCGACCAGCCCUCCCUCGUCCCAAUCCACCUUCUCCCAAUCCCAGCAGGGCCGCGCUUUCCACAUCCGCCAUCACGAUGCACUCUUACCGACCGACCAAAGCUACCAAAGCUUCGGCCCUGAACCCAAGAGAAAGUCGCAAGAAAGGACCUUGCCGGGGGAGCGCCAGACAGGUUUCGUCAAGCGUCCACGGUUGGAAGAUCUGCAGGAGCAGGGCACCGAAACCUCGAAGCCGGCGACUGAAGGAGAACAGGAAGUGACACUAGGCAGUCUGGCCGAGACGAAGAAAGGGCCCACCGCCGCCCCCCACAGCCGAAAACUCCUCCGCCUCCCCUCCGAUGCCAGUAUCGGUUCCACCGCCUCCACCACCACCAUCGGCCCCUACGACCCAAACUUCAAACCGAACGACCUGCUCAAAAUCCCACUCACGUCCUCUCUCAGCUCCGCAUCCGUCUCGGGCCAGCCCUCCUCCUCCGGUUCUGGUUCUGGUGCUGGUACUGCAAAGGCCACGGCACAGGUGCGCGCGAUGGAUCUGUUCAUGACGAGGGGUAGAGCGAAGAAUCUGGACUAUUUGUUGACCUCCGCGCCGGAAAUAAAAGUUCCGGAGAAGAAGAAUAAGCCGAAAUUGGGGAUGAGGGAUAAAGAGGAACGGAAGAAAGUGAAGGUUGAGAUUAUCCGGGAGGUGAAGGAGCGGGCGAAGGAGCGCGAAGACGAAGAAUUGGGGAAAGAGCUGGAGAAGAGUCCGAGUAAAGCGGGAGGGAUGAUGAAGGAGAAACCGUAUGCGUAUGCGGGGCAUAGUAGGUCGAUGAAGAAGUUGUUGGGGAAGAGGAAAUUAGAGGAGGCGGAGGAGGCGGCGGCGGCGAAAGAGGCGGGGCGGGUGGCGGAGGAGGCGGAGAGGGCUGCGUUGGAGGCGGAGCGUGUUGCGUUGGCGGCCGAGCGCGAGAAUGGGACGGCGGCGGAGGUGAGGGAGGAGGAAGAGGAUGAUAGGAUGGAUUCGACGGAGGACGAUAAUACACCCCAGCCCCUUCAUCAACAACUCUACCAACCUCCAACGAGUUUCACCCCGACCUAUACACCCAUGAAUACGGACGAGCACGAUCAAGAUUCAUACAUGAUGUCCGCGUCCGACGAGCCCUUUGGGUCGUUCGAUCCUUCUGGAGUACGUCUCUCCUCUUCCGGAAGGAUCGGAAGACCGAAAAGAGAUAGGCCUGGGAAGGUCACGAUAAGAAGGGAGGCGGUAUCAACUGGAGCAGGAGGAAGUGGCUCCGGGGACCAGAGAGGAUUGACGGGCCCGGUACGGUCGGGUGCAAACAAGUUUUCGGCGAAGUUUGAGGAGGAAGAGGAGGAAGGUGCCGAGAAAGCUGGACAAGAGAAGAUACAGCCGAGGUAUGAGGCUCCGAGUGGAUUCAGUUUCGCUAAGCCGUCUGCCCAGGCUGCGCCCUCUCCUGAGCCCACUAUCGAGCAACAGGCGGCUAUCAUGGUCGCCGGAGCCAGCGAAGCACCUAUCUCCUCUCUUCCCUUCUCACUCACCAAGCCCGGCACCGUUCCACGUCCUUCCGUCGCCUCCGCCGCUCCAAUUCCCACCACCGCGCCAGCAUUCACGUUCACGACGCCCAAAACCUCUGACAAUUCCACCGGUACGAACGGGGGCAUUCCGAACUUCUUCGCAGGUGCUAAGAUCUUCCAAAAGACGGGUGUGGCGCCUCCUACGACGACGACACCUCCUCCUCCCACUGAGAAGAAGAAAGACGCGGAGGAGGGCAAGACUGCGCCGUUUUCGUUCGCUCCGCUUUCGACUUCUAUUCCUACGGGUGGAACGGGAACAACGUCGGGAGGGCUGUUUGGUGCCGGCUCGUCAUCGUCGACUUCGUCGGGAGGAUUGUUCGGCGUACCCGCUCCAGCUGCGACAAAUGGUGCUUCGGAGUCAUCCAAACCGGCGGAGAAGCCUGUUACUCCUGUUAGUGGGUUCUCGUUCGGUGCUCCUUCUACCUCCACCACUACUCCGGCUUCUUCCCCUCCCAUUGCCAACGCCACACCUGCGCCGUUCACUUUCGGCACCGUUUCGAAGCCGACUGAGAAGAAGGACGAAGAGAAGAAGGCGGAGCAGCCGAAGAGUUUGUUCGGUGGAUCGGGGACGACGGGUGGAUUUACUGGAUUUGGAGCACCGGCACCGGCGGCGUCUGCUUCGACCACUGCUGCACCGGCUGGGGAAACUAAACCUGCUGCGACGACAAGUACUCCUUCGCUUGGAUCUUCGUUCAGUUUCAGCCUGCCUGCCACCGCCACACCGUCCACUACUACUCCCGCCACUACCCCAGCUGCUCCGGCACCGGAGGCCCCAAAACCACUCUUUGGGACUAGGUCGUCAUCAUUCUCGUUCGGCCAGCCUGCUGCUACCACCACCACCUCGACAACUACCCCGAAUACCGCGGAAGCACCAAAGGAUGUCGCUGCGAAGCCUCCGAACUUGUUCUCGUUCGGUGCCCCCCCUGCGACGCCACCUCCUACGAACGGGGACGCCAAACCGGUAAGCACUGGGUUCACGUUCAAUGUGCCUGCACCUGGUGCUUCAACCACGACUGGGACUACGCCGUUCACGUUCGGUGCGACGACUUCUGCGCCUGCUACUGCUAAGCCAUUCGUAUUCGGAGUGGCACCCACUGCUCCGACUACGGCUGCUGCUGCGACCACUACCCCAACCACGGCCAAUACGACGAAUGGAAGGCCUACAACACCGCCGGGAGGCAAUAACGGGGACGAGAUGAGGAUGGAGGAGAGUCCGGUUGGGAUGACAGGCGGUGCUGCGUUGAGACCUACGGGCUUACAACUCCAAGUCCCGGGAUCUACUGGGCCGUUUGGGUCUACGUCAGCAGGGACGGGCUCUGGGUUUGCGUUCGGAGCUUCGACAGCGACGACACCGACGAGUGGGGGUGGAUUCUCAUUCGGCGCGAAGCCUAGUGAUGGUGGUGCUACCCCUACGGCGGCGGCGCCAUUCUCAUUUGGCGCGAAGCCGGCUGAUGGUGGUGCGACACCUACCACUGCGUCGCCGUUUGGGUUCGGUCAGCAGAGUCAGCCGCCGAGCGCAGGUGUGGGUGCGAGUGGGGGAUUCUCGUUCUCGGUGACGAAGCCUACUGAGAGCACGCCGACUGCUACGACCUCUCCGUUCUCUUUUGGAGCGGCGAAACCCGCUGAUAGUGCGUCGACAAGUGCUACCAAUACCAACCCUUUCGCGUUCGGACAGACUCAACAGCCGCAACAAGACGCCAACAGACCUCCGUCGUCUGGUUUCAGCUUUGGUUCACAACCCCAGACAUCGUCCAGGCCGGCGUCUUCAGGGUUUUCAUUCGGAGCUCCGCAAAACGGUGCGGCUAACGACCCCACGAGACCCGUUUCAGCAGGCUUUGGUGGUGGGUUUGGAUCGACGACUAAUGGGGCUACGAACGGCUCGUCGUUCCCAUUCGGCGCGCCUGCUCAGCCUACGCCUUCUCUACCCGGAACCAACCCAUUCGGACAGUCCUCUGCGCCUGCUAGUCCUGCGUUCGGUCAAGCUCCUGGGUUCUCUUUCAACGGAACUUCGACCACGAAUAACAUGACGAACGGUGCACCACCCGCGGCUGGAGGUGGCUUUUCGUUUGGAGCGAGUCAGCCUACAACGCCUGCUGCCGCCCCUGGAACCGGGUUUACGUUUGGAGCUGGAACAGUAUCUUCGCCUUCAUCGACGUUUGCGCAGCUCCCGUCGGCGGGAGGCGUGCCAGGAGCAGGUGGGGGUGUGGUAUUCACGAUGGGGGCGCCGCCGCCAGCAGCGAGACCGAUGAGGAAAUUGCCUAAUAGGAGAGGUGGGAAGCGAUGAAGAGUUUUUAUUUGGCGUGGGUGCUGAGGUCCUUCGUAUGUUUAUUUUCUCUGGCUUGGACUUCUGGGGUGCUUUUGUUCAUGGAUUUCUUUUUCUCUUUUGGUUUAUCAGGGGUUUGUGAUUGUGCCUGUCUUCGUCGUUAUGCUUUACUCAAGGUCUGCCGCUACGGUGUCAAACGUUAUGUUCUUUCCGUUCCUCUUCUCUUCGCUCUCCUAUGCCGAUUCACUCCACUUUGGAUUAUCUUCAUGAGAGACCACACAAUUUACUCGCGAUUCAUGUUACAUGGACCGCGCACGUAGUUUCCUUUACACAUUACACAAAUUCAUUCAGUCAUACGGUCAAUUAGGGCUCCUCAUUCAUAUGCUUCUUCUUCGUAUGGCUUCAUCCUCUUCACACAAGCACUCGAAUAACCCACGUCACGGACAUUGGCCGCUCUGGCUCUGGUCUUCCCUGUUCACAAAAAUGUAGUUGCGUGGCCUUUCUGCCUCUAAAAACUCCAUACGCGUUACUCGGUACAUAUUUUACAUACUCACUUACAUAUUCACGUUUGCGCAACUUAGGUUCUUCUUUCAAGUCAAAUGCAAUUCAAGCUGUACCUCUCCGUUCAUAAAAUAUUUUUUCUGUCCAUCCAUCGAUCCAUUCAUCCGGCCAUUCAUAUCUUUUUUUCAUUCAUCCCUUGGUUCUUCCUCCCACACAUCUUAUCAUUCGCCUGUCGACAU